UCUAGAGCAAGCAAGUACGACGUCACACGAUGGGCAAAUUAGUGUGGCAUAUUCUGGUGCUGUGUUCCGUCGGGUGUCUUAAGCAGUCUGCAGACGCCCAAUAUCUUUCCAGCUGUCAAAAUCCGGACGGCGAGCAUGGCACCUGUGUGCUGGUACGCGAAUGUCCCUUUGCCCGGGCCGUGCUGAUGAAGCACAAACACUCGAACAAUGACAUCCGGUACCUUGAGGCGAUACGGUGCGGGAUGCUCGAGACAAAGGCGCUCGUGUGCUGCAACGCACCGAACAUCACCCAAACGGAUAAACCGGUUGACGGGGAGACGAUUGCCGAACUGGUCGAAAAUCGGUUCAGCACACCGGAGGAGAAAAAAAGUUUACUGCCGACGGUGUGCGGUGUCGAUACGUACCGUGGCCCGGUCCGUGGGGAGCAGACGGGGCUGUUCGAUUUUCCGUGGAACGUCCUGAUUCAGCACCGGACAAAAGAUGGCGAGAAUCGUUUCCAUUGUGGUGGAUCACUGAUCAGCGAUCGAUACGUACUAACAGCUGCUCGCUGCAUAAUGGGCAUCAAAAAAACCUGGACAGUCGUAUCGGUACGGGUAGGUGAAUGGAAUUUGCAAACCAAUCCCGACUGUACCUCAACGUCCGAUGACACUGAAUGUGCCAUCCCGGUUCAGGACAUUGCUAUCGAAAAAAUUACCAUCCCCACCAACUACACCGGCACAGGCUCACCGGCAGUGAAGCAAGACAUCGCCCUGCUCCGUUUAGCGCGGAAGAUAGAAUUCAACGAAUCAGUUGCUGCUAUCUGUUUACCACUCGAUACGACCUCGUGGACCAGUUAUAGCACCGAGAGUGGCCAGUUUUAUGAGAGCGGCUGGGGAAAAACGCCCGACGCCGUUGGUAGUGAUCACAAAUGGAACUACGCCUCGGUGGGUGUUUCGCGAGAUGUUUGCCGUACCCAGUAUCCACACGCCAGCAUAGAUGAGGAACACAUUUGUGCUACGCCACAGCGGGAGCAGGAUACGUGCAGGGGUGACACUGGGGGGCCACUGAUGUAUUCUCAUACGGAUCGUGCCUGGUAUCUGGUCGGUGUCGGCAGCUUCCGUAAGCAGUGUGCCAUUGUUGGUGAGCCUGCCGUCUAUACGAAUGUGGCCACCUUUACCGAUUGGAUUAUUGACAAUCUUGAGCCGUAGAAGCAAUCUUUAUUG